AUGGCGAAGAAGACGUAUGUCACCUUCUUGUUCAGCUUCCUGCUGAAAGCAUUUUCUCUGGGAAGCUUCCUUGUGGGCAUCGGCUUCAUCACCUUCGGAUGCGUGCUGCAGAGCCCUCCCAAGAACUUUGUGCCCGGGGCGUUGGUGGCGAUCGGCUGCUUCACUAUUCUGAGCAGCGCGGUGGGCUAUUUUGGCUCGCAGUUCCGUCCAGUCUUUCUGAGCAUCUACCUGAUCGCGGGCACCUUUGCCACCACGCUGCAGCUCAUGCUCGUUCUGGGCAUAUUUGCCGCUCAGGAGAGGGUCGCCGAUGAAAUCGAAAAGGCUGACUCCAUCAGCGGCGUAAAGCACUUUGACAAGGCAUACUUGAUUGAGAAGCUGGAGGUGGGAAAGUGGAUAUUUCUGUGGGUGGUGCUGGCGGAGGGCGGCAGCUUAGUGCUGGCCACCAUCAUGCGGUGCAUGGGAGAGAUGCAGGGCAGGUAUGAGGGGAUGGAGGCGGAGGAGGCGGACCAGCUGCGCGCGAUGGAGAUCCAGAGCAUCAAGGGCGGCCUCGGCAGCCGCGGGGAGGAGCAGGGAUUCGGCAGGUUGGCAGGAAAGAUGAAUAAGAAAUAUGGCAAGCACAGCCAAGUUGACUUCUACGAGGGACAGAGGUGGUACAAUAUCUUCAAUAAAUAG